GGAGAAUGUAGCUUGUGAAAUCAAGGCACAGCUUGUCCGCACGGCCGAGGCGGCUAGGCAGCUCGCGCCAAUGCUCGAAGUCGGGAGGCCAAGCUACCAAGGCCGCACUUCCUCAAAGAUGAUGUCGGCUAUCUCCGUGGCUCAUUUGGGGUGCAAAGACAUGGACGCCGUGGACGUCGGAGUGGUAGCGAUGGUGGACUCGCAGAGCCUAUCCUCGGCACUUGAGAAACUCUAUUUCUGGGAGAGGAAGCUGUAUGCUGAGGUCAAGGCCGAGGAGAAAAUGCGCCUACUUAUUUCCAAGAACUCCAAGCGACUGAAAUUAUUAGAUCAAAAGGGUGCAGAGCCUCAAAAGAUUGAUGCAACUCGAAAUUUGCUGAGAAAGCUUUCAACAAAGAUAAGGAUAGCUGUGCGCGUUAUUGCCAAGAUUUCAAGAAAAAUAAACAAAUUAAGGGAUGAGGAAUUGUGGCCGCAAGUUAACGCUUUGAUCCAAGGGUUUGUAUUAAUGUGGCAAGAUAAAUUGGACUCUUACCAUAGACAGUGUCAAGUGAUAUCAGAAGCCAAAAACUGUACCUCGGUUCUGUCAGGUGAAAAUGGGCAGGAUUUGGUGUUGGAGCUUGAGGUAGAGCUGAUCAAAUGGAUCAUCAGUUUUUCCUCUUGGGUGAAUUCACAAAGGAACUUUGUAAAGGCACUGAAUGGAUGGCUAGCACUCUGUCUUAACUACGAGCCUGAGGAUAAUACUGCUGGAGUUCCAUCUUAUUCACCGGGAAGCAUGGGUGCUCCAUUGGUUUUUGUUACCUGCAACAAAUGGUCCCAAGCCAUGGAUCAGAUUUCUGAGAAGGAUGUGGUUAACGCCAUGCAAGCUCUUGUGUCUAGCGUGCGGCACCUGUGGGAACAGGAGCAUCUUGAGCAAAGCGAACAAAUAAUCUCAAUCCGAGAAAGGGAAAAAUGGAUCAAAUUUUUGGAGAGGAAGACCCAGGAUAUUAGUAAGGAGGCUGAUGAACUAAACAAGAAGCUGGCAUUAAUACCAAGUCGGCAUAGACUGCAUGUGCCUCGGAUCGUACAAUUGUACGAGGCGCAUUGUGUUGAGGCAAGUAGCUUGCACAUAAAUCUGAGGCUGGUUCUUGAAGCCUUAGAGAACUUUGCUGCCAAUUCGCUGCAAGCUUUCCUGGGUGUGUCAAAAAGUGCUGAAGGGACAAGGCUGCCUAGGGAUAAUGUGAGGAGAGAGCGCCGUAGUUCGAAUAGAGGUUCAAACUACAAAACCAGCUCCUAAGAUGCAGAGCUGGUAGCAUGAGUCGCUCAGGUGUGGUGGCUUGCUGUGCAGAUGAAAAGGCCACGGUCUUGUGCCACAGGCAAAACAACUUGAAUGGGGGGUUUGAGCCGUUG